CAUGAAAAAUCACCGCCCAGCAACUUGUGACGCAAGUUCUGAUACCAUGACGUUGGUCAACGUAAAGCCGUUCAGUCAGGAUGAGAGAAAGAAGAUUGGUGAAACAGGCUUAACUGGUAAAGAUCGUACCUGAAAGCAUUUCACAGAAGCCCUUAAUCCCAAUGCCGGCCAUGAAGGCCACAAUUUCGAAACAGAUAAAUCGGUGAUGCAGACUUCGGUGCAUCCAAAGAAGGACGCAACUGCUGAGCGCAAGGUUUUCCAUCGUGGAGGAGAGGAAAAGCCAUCAACAUCCAAAGAGCAAGGACAGCUGGAAACUUUGUCGAUAGACUCGAUUGAUAAAUCGAAUGAGAGAAGGAAGAGAGAAAUAUCAAUGAAGGAAGCCGAACUGCGCUGGAUCAGGUUGCAAACACUUCACGAUUUAAAUUUCGAUCGUUCAUGCGAUCCGGAACGAUUCAAGAUCGAUAAUACCUUUUCUGAUUUCUCGCUGCAACAUGUGGGCCACGACAAUGCGACGAAGAAACGCAUCAGUGAAUGGAUGAUCAAGUAUAAAGAACGAUCUAGUUUGCAAAGUAACUCGAUUGCAGACAAUCGAAACACUGACAAGGCAGAUGAAACACAUAAAAAGAUGUUUAAGGGAAAGGGGAGGAAUCAAUAGGACAUCCUCAAGAUCCUGUAUUUUGUUGAUCAAAAUAAUAAAAUGGUCUAUAAAUGGUUCUCUUUUUAUGACUUGUCGUUAAAACUGAAUCAUAUACAGAAAUUAUAAGUUGCGUCAUUGCAAAUCGAAUGACACUGGCGCGCCUAUUAAUUUUCGUACUGCCUCCGGCCGACAUCUCAACAAGCUUUAUCUAGUAUUAUAACGAGAUCACAUACACAUGUGCAAAAGUUACGUGGAAACUGGUGCUGAACCUGUAUCGCUUUAUAUGUCAGUGCCACAAUUUGGAGAAAGUGUGUCCUUGACAAGUUUUACAAUAUCACGCCCCGGCAUUGGUAUAUGUAUCAUGUUACAUAAACGAAGGGAAGGACACGGUAUAAGAAAAAAAGUUAUUAAAUAUUUCAUAUGAUGUAGUAGCAUUAUCUUAUGUAAUACAGGAUAUGUGAGUUUUGAAGGAUAAAAUUUGGAUCAUGUCACGUGCAACGAACCCUUCAAACGCAUAAUCAUCUCAUCAAAAAUAUCAUUAUUGAUAAUUAGAAUUAGCUAAUAACA